AUGAAGGUUUUAUGCUGCUUCAGGAUGGAGGAUGCUAACCCUGUAACUGUACCUACAGACCAUCAUCAUCAGUUGUGUGCUGACCUGCAUAGGGGGGAGAAGGACAUGUCCAAUGUUACAUAUAGGCAAGCUGUGGGUAGUCUGAUGUAUUUGUUGAUAGGAACAUGCCCAGACAUCAUUUUCGCAGUCAGCAGUGCCAGUCAGCAUCUCGAGAAACCAAUGAAAAUAUAUUGGAGUGUUGCGAAAAGGAUCCUGAAAUAUGCUAGAGGCACUAUGGACUAUGGACUUCAUUUUCCAUCAAAGGAGGAGAAUCACCUUCAUGCCUACUGUGAUGCAGACUGUGCUGGUGAUGUGGAAACUAGGAGAUCCACAACUAGUAUGUUGUUAAAGCUCAGUGUAUCCACAAAGCAGGGAGUGGUAGCACUUUCUAUAACUGAGGCUGAAUACUUUGCAGCUAGUCAGACAGUGGGAGAAAUUGUUUGGGUGAAAAGUUUGCUCAAUGACUUGGCUUUGUUCAGCAAAAUAAAAACAACUUUGAACAUUCACAAUUUAAGUGCAGUGAAACUUAUUAGAAACCUGGAGUUUCAUCAAAGACGUAAGCUUAUUGAUGUAUAUUAUCACUUUGUGUGCUAUAAGUACAAGGAGAAUGAGUUUGUACUAGAGCAAUGA